AUGGAACCUCUGUCAAUUUUAGGCGUCGCAGCACACGCAAUUCAGCUCUGCGAUCUUGCGAGGAGAGUCUGUGAUAUCGUUCUGGUUCAUGGCCAAGCAGAGGGCUCGUCAUCAACGUGGAGUGUAGAAUACCCACUACAAAACAAAGAUUCCAGAAUACGGAGCGACCUGCUGAAUAUAGAGCAAGCCUUGGGCUCUCUAGAAGCCAGGAUAUACUCGUACAAGUACAACGAAAGGGGUCUGAGAAAGGAGAGGAGGCAAGCGAUAGCCUCAGACAUGAUCCACGAGCAUGCGCAGGUGCUGCUGCGACACAUUUCCAGGGAGAGAAAUUCGGAGGAAACCAGACGGAGACCAAUCGUAUUCAUCGCACACAGCUUCGGUGGCCUCAUAGUGCAGCAAGUCCUCAAACUUUCAAAGGACGAACGACAUAUAUACUUGGAUCCCCCCUCAAUCUAUGACUCGACUAACGCCAUACUCUUCUAUCUCCCAUCUGGCAAAGCUACAGAUCUGCGGCGCAAAACAUCGGAUCCAAUCAUGGAUGGAUCACUUAACGAUGAUCUGACAUUUCUUCGUUGUCCAGAUCCCGAUCAGUUUCCAAAGAGCUCUCAAAACUGGACACAACAGAUCUUGUAUGAAUGCUUGCUACCAUUGGCUCAAGUGCCUUUGAUAGCCAUUAUGGGCAGCUACAAGUGGUCAUGGAAUCGAGAAGCGAGCCCACCACGGGACCAAUUGGGAACACCUUCCGCGCUCUGGCCAUUCGUUCGAUAUCAACUGUGUCCGCUCUCUCACCAGAACAACACUUCGGACUGUACUAUGUUGAAAGAUGUGUUCCUCGACCCUACUCCAUCUCUUUUUGUCUGUGCUUCGAUGGCAUGUGCGAUGCUCAGCAUGCUCUACUACAAUCGGCAUCAACGCCAUCGCUUUCAAGAUCAUGUCAUAGGAUGUGGCCUUUUCAUCGGUACUGCGAUCCGAAUCUGGCUACACAAACAAGAUGGCCUAUUGAAACGUGCGACAUUCAUCCUUCCAGCUGCUUUGCUAGUUUCGCUCGUUAUUAGCGCAGCUGCACAUUCGAUCUGGGACUUCUAUUCCGGACGCACCGCAAGAGACAAAGCACAUGAACGUCUGAGAGCAUGGGCCAAGACCAGUCAAGUCACUGAGACCCAUGGCAGGGAGAAAGCAAGUCCAAGCACGUUCGACUUGCAGAGCGUUCACUAG